AUGGAGAAUCAAUCUUGGGACUUCUUUGAAGCCCUCAUGGACAAUAUCAGCACCAACCAGACUCUUCUGAACAAGAUGCCUCAGUUGCCGCUGGAGGUGCAGGUGGUCACUAUCUUGCUGGUCCUUCUGAUCUGCGGGGUAGGGAUUGCAGGCAAUAUUAUGGUAGUCCUGGUGGUUCUUCGCACCAAGCACAUGGUGACUCCCACCAACUGCUACCUGGUGAGCCUGGCCAUCGCUGACUUGAUUGUGCUACUGGCAGCAGGGCUGCCCAACAUUUCUGAGGUGGUGGCUUCCUGGGUGUAUGGCUACGCUGGCUGUCUCUGCAUUACUUACCUGCAGUACUUGGGCAUCAACAUCUCAGCAUGCUCCAUCACAGCCUUCACGGUGGAGCGCUACAUUGCCAUCUGCCACUCCAUUAAGGCACAGCUGCUUUGCACCGUAGCCCGGGCCAAACGCAUCAUCGCUGUCCUAUGGCUCUGCACUUCGCUCUACUGUCUCAUGUGGUUCUUUUUGGUGGACACCUCGAAAGCCAUGUUUGCUGAUGGCACUCAAGUCAGCUGUGGCUACCGUGUCUCCAGGAACCUCUAUAUGCCCAUCUACUUCUUAGACUUCACCAUAUUCUAUGUCAUCCCCCUGGGCUUGGCCACUAUCCUGUACGGUCUCAUUGCCCGCAUCCUCUUCAUGAACCCGCUGCCUGCAACACCUCAGCAUGCAAGCCGGAUGAGCAAACGCAGCAGCUCUGUCACUACCUCCAGCUCCAUGAAGCUCUCUUGCCGGGGAAACAAGGGUGCUUUGAGCUCCAGGAAACAGGUGACCAAGAUGCUGGCUGUGGUGGUGAUUCUCUUUGCCGUUCUGUGGAUGCCGUACCGUACCUUAGUAGUAGUCAACUCUUUCAUGGACCCUCCUUACCUGAACAGCUGGUUUGUUCUCUUCUGUAGACUCUGUAUUUACCUGAACAGUGCUAUCAAUCCAGUCAUUUAUAACUUGAUGUCCCAAAAAUUUAGAGCUGCCUUCCGAAAGUUAUGCAAAUGCGAGCAGAAGAGAACUGAAAUUGCUACACAGUUUAACACCCCUGUCUUCUACAGCACAAUGAAAGACUGUUCUCAUGACAGUUCAGAUCACAAUGUAACAGAACAAGAAGAUCUCAAUGGCUGCCCUCCAAUAGUCAGGAAAAAGUUAAUCUUUCCAAGUAAACACGGCACAUAA